AUGGUAGCCGGAGUUCUACGUUCACCGGCAACCCUCCUCCUUCUUACUGCCAUCACCCUCCUCCUAUGGUUCACCACCACCACUGCCACCAUCGCCGCCAUCUUUAACCAACCACCACCAAAUUCAAUCGGGAAAGUUCACAUCCAACAACGAGAUCACCACCACCACCACCUUCUCCCAUAUCCACCGGCUCGCCGUACAUUGCACAACAAAGAAGCAUUACCACCACCGCCCAAGAAAUUCAAUUUCUUGCCGUUCAUUUACAGGCGGCACCACCACCGGAAAACCCAUCAUCGUCCUCUCGUUCCACUGUCCAAGAUUGAUCCACGAUAUGGUGUCGAGAUGCACCUGGUUCCGACCGGUCCAAACCCGUUACACCACUGA